AUGUACAGUGUCGAUCUUCAUCUCAUCCCCAGCAAGGACGAGUCAACGACCGCGGACGAAUCUACGACCUCCGAUGAGUCGACCGAGGAUGGGUUGACCGAUGGUGGGUUGAUCGCCGAUAGUGAAAGUGAAGAUGACCAUGCCCUUGCCUCAACCAGCGAGGCGAGCCCGGUGGACAACCAAGAUGACUGCACUUGGGAGUACAAUUUCUCAGAAAAUGCUUUCCACCCUCUUAGGAAGCAGGGCACGAGAAUGGAGAGCUCAGAUGCAAGAGCCAAGCGGCUGGCUGCUGUCGAGAGACAACGGCUCUAUCACAAAAAGUGGAGGGCCAGAAUGUCAACGGAACAAGUGCAGCGCUUCCACGUAAGAAAACAGGAAUACCAGCGGAAUAGGCGCAAGAACAACCCUGGGAUUGAUAAGAGACUAAAUGAAGCACGCUCUGAAGAGAAUAAAAGGAAUGUGCGCGAUCGCAGAGCUGCCUAA